CGAGGAGCAGGGUUUGUUUGGGGUGAGGUUCCCGGAUGGUGGACACUGGGCAGGGGUCCGAAAUCGUCCAUGCUCGGCCAACGUGAAGGGGCGUACAGCACGCCUGGUGUGGAAAGCGGGCUGGGCUCGGAAGGCCCGGAACGUCCGGGCCUGCAACUCUGGGCCAACGGAAGGCCGAGGAAAGUGGAUCGCGCCAAACUCCCGGCUACUGGAAGCCGCAGAGGGGCGUGGCCUCUUGUAAAAAAAAAGCGUGAGGCCUGCAGUGCGAGCCAAUGGGAAGCGAGGGAGGGCGGAGCCUGUGCAAGGGGCGACCAGUAGAGACAGGGCUCUUAUAGGAGGUGCCCUGGAGCUGAGCGCACGCGCGUCGGGCCGGACUAUAGGGCGCACGGGAUCCAAGUGGGCAAAAGGGGCAAGGCGACAGCUGUCCGGCCCAGCCUGUUCAAGCCGCGCGCCUGUUCACGUGACACGAAGGGAGCGGAAUUCCUCUGGAGUCAGCGCCAUUUCCUGUGCCAUCUCAUGGAGACGCCCGUGGCUGCCGCCCCUGCUGGGGACUUCUUCCCUUCUUUCCUGCUCCUGGGUUUCGCGACGCUAGUGGCCGCCUUGCUGGGCGCCGCUCACCGCCUGGGGCUCUUCUACCAGUUGAUGCACAAGGUGGACAAGGCGAGCAUCCGGCAUGGUGGGGAGAAUGUGGCAGCCGUGCUGAGGGCCCAUGGCGUGCGGUUCCUUUUCACGCUGGUCGGCGGGCAUAUUUCCCCACUGCUGGUGGCCUGUGAGAAGCUGGGCAUCCGCGUGGUGGACACCCGCCAUGAAGUCACAGCCGUCUUUGCUGCUGAUGCUGUGGCCCGCCUGACCGGGACAGUGGGCGUGGCGGCAGUGACAGCGGGCCCCGGCCUCACCAACACAGUGACUGCGGUGAAGAAUGCCCAGAUAGCCCAGUCCCCCGUCCUGCUUCUGGGUGGGGCUGCCAGCACCCUGCUGCAGAACCGGGGCGCACUCCAGGCUAUUGAUCAGAUGUCCCUGUUCCGGCCACUCUGCAAGUUUUGUGCUUCUGUGCAGAGGGUGCGGGAGAUCAUCCCCACCCUGAGGGCCGCGAUGGCUGCUGCUCAGUCGGGCACCCCAGGCCCGGUGUUCGUGGAACUGCCUAUUGAUGUGCUGUACCCCUACUUCAUGGUUCAGAAGGAGAUGGUGUCAGCUAAGCCACCCAAGGGCCUCGUGGGUCAAGGGGUCUCCUGGUACUUAGAGAAUUACCUGGCCAACCUCUUUGCAGGAGCCUGGGAGCCUCAGCCUGAGGGGCCCCUGCCUCUGGACAUCCCUCAGGCUUCCCCUCAGCAGGUUCAGCGCUGUGUUGAGAUCCUGAGCCGGGCCAAAAGGCCCCUUGUGCUGCUUGGGAGCCAGGCCCUGUUGCCUCCGACACCCUCAGACAAACUUCGGGUUGCUGUGGAGACCCUGGGUGUCCCCUGCUUCCUGGGUGGGAUGGCGCGGGGGCUGCUGGGCCGGAGCCACCCCCUUCACAUCCGGCAGAACCGCAGCGCCGCCCUGAAGAAGGCAGAUGUUGUCGUCCUGGCAGGAACGGUGUGUGACUUCCGUCUGUCCUAUGGCCGUGUCCUCAGCCGCAGCAGCAAGAUCAUCAUUGUCAACCGUAACCGGAAAGAGAUGUUGAUGAACUCAGACAUGUUCUGGAAGCCCCAGGUGGCUGUGCAAGGAGACGUGGGCUCCUUCGUGGUGAAGCUGGCGCAGGGCCUUCAGGGCCAGACAUGGGCCUCAGACUGGGCAGAGGAGCUUCGGCAGGCUGACCGACAGAAGGAGCAGACCUUUCGGGAGAAGGCGUCGAUGCCUGUAGCUGAGCACCUUAACCCGGUGCGGGUACUGCAGCUGGUGGAGGAAACUCUGCCCGACAACUCCAUUCUGGUGGUCGAUGGUGGGGACUUCGUGGGUACAGCCGCCCACCUGGUGCAGCCCCGUGGCCCCCUGCGCUGGCUCGAUCCUGGGGCCUUCGGUACUCUGGGGGUUGGUGCAGGAUUUGCACUUGGUGCCAAACUGUGUCAGCCAGAGGCCGAGGUCUGGUGCUUGUUUGGGGAUGGAGCCUUUGGCUACAGCCUCAUCGAAUUUGACACCUUCGUCAGACACAAGAUCCCAGUGAUGGCUUUGAUAGGGAAUGAUGCUGGCUGGACCCAGAUUUCCCGGGAGCAGGUGCCCUGUCUGGGCAGCAAUGUGGCCUGUGGCUUGGCUUACACUGGUUAUCACAAGGCGGCCAUGGGACUGGGGGCCCAGGGCUUGCUACUUUCACGAGAGAGUGAGGAUCAGGUGGUCAAGGUGCUGCAUGAAGCCCAGCAGCAGUGCCAAGGUGGCCACCCCGUUGUGGUCAACAUCCUCAUCGGGAGGACGGACUUCCGAGAUGGCUCCAUUGCCGUGUAGGGCCUCAUGGGUCAGUGCCCUUGGCUCUCUUCCCACCCCUGGACUGUGCCAGGCUGGUUUGUGCCAGGCUGGUUUCUCAUCCUUGCUUGCCCUGGGCCUAUCCCAUGAGGCCCAGUGACCCUAAAAGCCUCCCUGAGGACAGGGAGGGGCUGGAGGGGUCCGAGCUCAGAGAGGCUCCUGGGCAGCACUGGAGAGCCCUUGGGCCUUUUUCUUUGUGGGCUCAACUGUGUCCUUUCUCCCCUUCUCUCUUACACAUUGAAUAAACCACCUCUGGUCCACGUGGGCCCAAGUACUCA